AUGGAGCUGGAGCCAGAGCCGGAGGAUGAUCCCGAGGAGGAGCCAAUGGAGGCCAAGUCCGAGCCAGAGUCUAUGGACUUUGAGUCUGAGUCAUCCGAUGAUUCAUCCAAGUCUUCGGGAUCCGACCCGGACUGGUUCGGCAUUUAUGGACCCCUUAAGACUUUUGAUGUUUCGAUAGACGGGCUAGGUCAUUGGGAUCCACAGACAGCUGAUGGGGAGGUGGCCAGCCCCAAAGCCGUGUCCGAGGAGGAUUCUGACCCCCGACCAGUCAUCUUCGAGAUAGAUUCCGAUCCUGAGGAGGAUGAGCCGAUGGAGUGGGAGUCCGAUCCUGAGCCGGAGCUGAUGGAACUGGAGCCAGAGCUAGAGGAUGAUUUCGAGGAGGAGCCUGUGGAGGCCGAGUCCGAGCCAGAUUCUAUGGAUUCUGAGUUCGAGUCGUCUGACGAUUCGUCCGAGUCCUCGAAAUCCGACCCGGACUGGUUACCCUAA